GCAACCACGGUAAGGUUAUCUGCGAUGCCAACGCCAAACAAGAAAGGGGCGAGAGGCCGCAAAAAGCUUCGGAAUGGAAACACGCUGAGCUUAGAAGGGGAGAAACCAGCAGAGCUGUUGACACACCUAAAAGGGCAAACACAGAAACAACGGAAAUUGAUGUUUGACCAAGUCACAGCUCCGUCCAGAAUCAACUGUAAAGGGUUUUUGGAGAAUCGGGCUCGUAACCGUGUUCCUGUACCAAUACAUGAGAAGAAACGAGUGCAGCUGACGGUGGUAAAAGAGGGUGACUCUGAAUAUUUCCCUGCCACAUAUGCUUGUUGUGAGCGAGAUGACUAUAUCUUAACGGAAGCGCCUACAAAAGAAAACUAUCAAGACUUCUGGCGAAUGGUCUGGAGGGAUGGCUGCAAAAUUUGUGUAUCACUGAGUGAGAAACUAAGCGAUACCGAUGCAAAGUUAUGCUAUCCAUAUUGGCCUAUGAAAGAAGGAGAGAAGAUGGUAACAGGAGGAAAUCGAUUUGUGAUAGAAUGUCAGAAGAAGAGUGAUGGCAAAGGAUACUCUAUCUAUGAUCUCCAGCUAUCAAGUACAGACCCUUCAGUAGACACAAGCGCAAGUAGAUUGUCAUCACCGCAGAAGGAUGAACAGGAAGAAGAACACAGCGGGAAGAAAGGCCGGCCGCUAACCCUCAUGCACUAUGAGUCGUGGCCAACAGACACUUGGCCAGAUCUCGACAUACUUGGAAAAUUUGUGCAAGCACUUUCCCAUCGAGAAAUUCAAGUCAUGAGAAAGUCGUUGGACAAUUACAUUCCACCUGUGGUUAUUCAGAGUUACGAUGGCCUUGGCAGAGCUCCCGUAAUCUGGGUUUCUACCAUUUUGAUGAAAGAUAUAGAGAAGAAGGAGUGCUUUGAUGUGGAAGACCUUGCUAAGAAAUGCGCUAGGAUUAGGCCUGGUGCAUUCUACAAGAGAGUUCACUUCUGCAUAGUCAUAGCUUUGGCGUUUCGGCUGUCUUCACUAGGUGGAUGGAGCACUCUUGCAGAUGCACGCAAGAAAAUCAACGACAUACAACAGGCAUAUGAAGCAAGUUUAAAAAACUAAGUGCAGGGCAACAUUGAUCGUUACAAUACAUAUUCGAAUAAAUAUCCUGAG